AUGGAACAGAAGGACUUCACCGUUGCCAUCGUCGGUGGUGGGAUUGCCGGUCUCGCGUGUGCCAUCGGCCUUGCACAAGCGGGCGUACGAGUGGAUGUCUUCGAGUCCGUCAGUCAGUACGGUGCUAACGUAGGGGGUGGUCUCAACCUGGGACCAAACGCGGUCCGCGUCCUGAGAUGCAUGGGUGUACUUGACAAGAUUACUGUCCCGUCGCAGGGGAAUCAUGCGCCUCCCCGUCCAAAUACAUAUGUGAUGGGAGAGGAACCACACACCUUGGUAUACGAGUAUCCUUUCCCUGAGGAGCCUGGAAUGACUAUCCAUCGAGCCACACUCGUCAAUACACUCGCGAGUAUUCUGCCCGACGGAGUGGCCUCACAUCUGUCAAAGCGCUGUACCGCCAUCACCCGGAAUAUAACGAGCAACGGCAAACACACUCGUCUGCACUUUGCGGAUGGAACUGUACACGACGCAGAUGCCAUCAUCGGCGCCGACGGCAUUAAGAGUGUAGUGAGGACUCACAUAUUCGGUCAGGAAGAUGGACAUCUUGUCGACACGGGUGGACGCGCGUAUCGAAGCCAACUUGCUAUCCAAGAAUUGCUUGAGGCGGGUUUCAAAGAGGAGACUUUACAAACGCCGCAACUGUGGAUAGACAAAGACAAGCACCUGGUCACAUACCCCAUUAUGAAUGGCACCAUUCUCAACGUCGUUGCCUUUCCCCUUGACUACUCGCACAGCAUGAUUCCUGUGGGUCAAUCGCAGGCGUCUUGGUCAACAUGGGUUGUGAAGGUCCCGCAAGAGGAAAUGCUUGAAGCCUUUAGCAAUUACGGCAGCAUCCCUCGCGCCAUCCUGAAGCGUAUCAAAGAGCCAAGCCGAUGGUCCAUCCAUGCAUUGUAUCCGCCGCUCGAGAGCUACGUUGGUGCUGCGAAAAUGGAAGGAAAGGACGAUCAUGAGGUGAACGUUGCUCUCAUCGGCGACGCAGCACAUGCGAUGCUGCCGUUCCUCGGCGCCGGCGCAGGAGCAGGCAUUGAAGAUGCGUAUGUCUUGGCCCGUCUGCUCGCCCAUCCGCAGACAUCUCGCGCGAAUCUUUCACACGUUCUGCGCGCGUACGACUCCAUUCGCACCCCGCGCGGGGCACACGCAGCAAAUGCAAGCAGGCGCACCGGUGAGGUAAUGCACGGACGCGGACCGAGCGGCCCCAGCGAAUCAGGACGGCGUAAGGAUAUUCAAUCGCAAUGGGAGAAUAUCUGGGACGUCGAUGUGAAGGUGGAUGUUGAGAAAGCCGUGGACGGCCUGGUCAAGUCUGGGAUCUUUGUUUGA